GUCCAUUCUCUCAGGCCCUAAGUCUACCUUAAAUCUAAAUCCAAAUCCAACUUCAACUACCAAUUUCACAACCCACCCCAACUAACAAAUAAAAAGAGAAAAGGGGAAAAGGUACCUAAAGAAAGAGAUAAUCCCAAUCUCACCGCAACCCCCUCCCUCCAUAAAAGCUCACCUGCACAACCCCCAAAACAGACAAAAAACACCAUAUCUAUCCAUGGUUCCCCGACCAAGCUAAAUCCUAGUCCCCAUCAUCCAUGUAUCAGUUCUCCCCUGACAUCCAAGCACAACAGGCUUCUAUUCGCUGCGGGCCUUUCUCACCUCUCACCCUUAGUUGAAUCCUAUUUCCGUACUUUUGGACAGGGUCAUGACUCGUACGAGGCUGCGAUGGUGUGCAUUGUGUACACACAAGGCUCUAGGCAACCAUUGUGUCCCUUUUUCUUUGUUUUUUGUUUUUUAUCUUUCUUUCUUUCCAUUACAAGGCAUGGGUCUGUUCUCUUAGGUCUGUUUUUGGUUUGCAGCCUUGUACAUUUGAAAAAUAAAAUAAAAAAAUACAAAGCAUUUAUACGAAUUACAAAAGUGAAUUUAUGAAAAAAAAAAAAAAAAAAAA